AUGUACUGGGUUCAAUCCAUCCUGAAAUGGGUUGCCGCUGGCGUCAAGGCUGUAUCUAUUGCGGCCUGGAUUCUCUCCUCGAUUGGAAUUGUUCCCGGCGGUCGGUGGGUUGGCAUCCUCCAAAAUCUGGGAGUCACAAGUGCUGGCCUUCCCACAACCCUAGGAAGGAUGUUGGGAUAG